CCGGCGUUUUGCUGCCGCCGCUGCCGCCGUUCUUUUCGUGAAGGCGGCGGGGGGCGGUCGGUCUGCCUGCUGCUCUAGCCGCCGCCUCUGCCCUUUGGCAGAAUGGUGGGCGUUGGGCGGGCGGAGGGGCCGUGCUGAGUCACGGGAAUCCGGCGCGGCCCAAUUCCGAGCUCCGCUAUGCGGGCAGCGGCGCCGGAGUCCAGAGGAGCUUCUUCUCUGUUGAAAGACAGUAUCCCAAUUACUGAUUUUUCACUUCCUGGAUCAUUUGAAGCUUAUGGUCUGCGCAGAGGGUUUUCUUGUGUGAAAAAUGAGUUGGUGCCCAGCCACCCACUGGAGUUGUCAGAAAAAAAUUUCCAGUUAAAUCAAGAUAAAACAAACUUUGCCAUGCUGAGAAAUAUUCAAGGACUCCACGCGCCCUUAAAGCUGCAGAUGGAACUCAGGGCAGUGAAACAGGCCCAGCGUCUCCCAUUUCUUCACAGCUCAAAUAUGGCACUGGAUACUCUGAGAGGAAAUGAUGAAUGCAUCGGUUUUGAGGAUAUUCUUAAUGAUCCUUCACAAAGUGAAGUUAUGGGAGAGCCCCACAUGAUGAUGGAAUACAAACUUGGUUUAUUGUAACAAAAUGUACUCCAGAAUGUUUUGUGUGUGUCUUUAUACUGCAAAUCUAAAUAUGUGAUCACUAAAUUGACUCUCAGCGUUAAACAGUCAUGCAGAUAUCAUUUGCUUUCCUUGGUGAAAAGGCAUAUUAAAUGUUUGAAGUCCAUACAUUGUUCUGUGCUUGUUGUCAAUUAUAUAAAUGUCCUGUAACUAGACAGCUUAAAUAAUGUCUCCUCAUACACUGCUCAGGAUAAGUCUCUUAGUUAUGGAAAUGCUAUACAUGUGUACAAGAAAUCCAAGUACCCAUGCAUUUUAAAAGUGAUUAUUGUAGGUAAAUGCAUUUAAUGGAUGUUCUUGCAGAAGAACUUUUUAAGGAGGAAACAAAGAUGUUUUCCAUCAAGUAAUGCUUUGUUCAUGAAAACUUCCAUACACUUUUUUAAGCAUUGAAUAAAAGUUUGCAAUAAAUGCUGUUGUGUUCCAAAAUAUAA